UUUAAAAUUAUUUUAACAUUUUUAUUAUUUAAUUAAUGAUUAGUUUUUCAUUAAACUCAUAAACCCCCUGCAGUUCCUUCACAAACCCCAGUUUGGGAAACCUUGAAGUAAUGUAAUGUUUAAUGCACUUCAUGUUGUUGUAAAUAACAGCAAAUUAAAUAUAUUUUCUUACAUUUUAUAUUAUUAUGUCAAUACCAUACAAUAUUAUCAAUAUGGUGCAACAUUAUCCAAUUUAAAUCAAUGUGAUAAACGAGUUAGGUCAAAAAUAAUCUAAACGUUAUCAAAAAGUAGUCUGAUUAUACCUAAAAUGUGUAAUGUAACGGAUUACGUUACUAACGGGUUACAAUUUGUAAGUAAUCUGCCCAGCUGUGUGUGUGUAUAUAACAAUAAAAUAAUUUUUUUUUAAAGUUUUUGUUUAAGCGACUUCAUAUUGUCGACUCUGUAAAGGGAAAUGCCAAAUAUAUAUAUUGAAUAGGCUAUAUUGAUUUAGCUCUGGAUGGCACUGAUGGCAAUUCCUUAUUGAUAAAAUACUGACAGAAUGUUUAAAAAAAUCAUUUGAAAUUUAAAAUGUACCUUUGUCAUACACCCGUAAGAACCUUUGCAGUCUUUCUACUUCUUUGUUGUGACUGUUAUUUCAUUUUUAACGCAAUAUCAAAUGACCACCGUUUUAUCCGGUGGGUAACUAUGGUUACCAUGGUAAAUGUUGGAAAGGGCAAUAAGCGCAAAGAGCGCGUGGCUCUGGGGCGGGUGGCUCGCGGGUCCAUCAUAGAACAGUUACCCAAACGACUUUUCCGUCAGAAACAGCUUCGUCGCUCAUCUCAACACUCACGCACUCAACCGGUGCAUCUGAUUCUUUUGUGAAGGUCGGCUGUGUGGUUAUGCGCGUUUCGUGCCUUCACUGCUCGGUGUUCCAGCACCGCGCCCGGAUGGAAAUGUGUCUUCCGGGGAAAAGCUGCUUUCAGCCAACGAGACACCGAGCACAACACGCCGCACAGCCUGGACAUCUGCAACUUUCAACAGAAGCGUGUGCCUUUCUAAGAACGCAUGCGGUUUGAGACGCACAUCUAUGGCCAGACCUAUGCGUCCCAGAGGGGAGAAGAGCCGUGGAAAAUCUGAUAGAGGCCCGUAAGAGCUCAAACCCCUAAUUUUGCUAUUUCAUUCUGAUCUUAGUGCCGUCAUUCAUGGAUGUGCACGCAGAGGCGGGUCCGCUGCACGUGCAGACGGUGGAUGAGCCGCCGGGAGGCGCCAGCGUGACCGUCGCCGCCGCCGCAGAAUUUCAGGUCCAAACGGUGCCGGGGAGCGAUGGCGAGCUCAGCGAGGAUGAUCUGCAGUCGGACGCUGGAGCUCAAACACCGGCCGCGGGUGAUCCGAUCACUGAGAUCGAGAGCGAGGACGGUGCGCGGGCAGGGACGGACACACCGGGCACACCGGUCGAGGACAUCGUCGGGCAGAGCGCGGGGAAAACGGAAACGGUGGGCUCCAGUUGCAGCAACGACAGCUGUAUCCCGACUCCAGGCUGUCGGAUCUGCUUUCAAGGAGCCGAGCAGGGGGAGCUGCUGAGCCCGUGCCGCUGUGCUGGUUCUGUCCGACAUGCUCAUCAGCAUUGUCUCCUUAAGUGGAUCAGUGAGAAGGGCUCUUGGAGCUGUGAACUCUGCAACUAUAGAUUCAACAUCCUGCCUAUACAUAUCAAACCACCACAACAGUGGCAGACUGUUACCAUGACUCUGGUGGAGAAGGUUCAGGUUAUUGCGGUGUUGCUGGGUGGCAUCUUCCUGCUGGCCAGUGUGUCGUGGCUGCUGUGGUCAGCACUGAGCCCGGAGGCACUAUGGCAACGCAGUGACAUCCUGUUCCAGAUCUGCUAUGGCAUGUAUGCAGUCAUGGACCUUGUGUGUAUAGGUCUGAUUGUUCAUGAAGGUGGUGCUGUGUACAAUGUGCUGAUGCGCUGGCGGGCUGUUAAUCUCUUCUGGGACGUCCAGAACUACGAUAAAAGCCGAGACCUGGAGAGCACGCACAGCCCACACCGUAACCUUUGGCUGCCUCUCACACACACACAUACAGUCUCGAACACACACUCACAAACCACCCGACUGGAGUCAUCUCCUCGAUGCCCUCUCCACCUCCUUUCCAUGUGCCUGAACGUGACCUCUGACCCCUCCCCGCAGGAGCAAGGCUCAGGCGAGGUGGUCGUUAGGGUCACAUCAGUUUGACAUCAAGUGAAACUCAUUCAGGGACCAAUAUAACAUCCUUUGUGGGAGUGGCUAGCCAGUGGGAGGAGCCUAACUCAGUGUUGGGAGGAGCCUUACUUGAAAAGCACUUUAGAAGAUACGCAAACUGAAUUAAAUAUGGAAUUGUAUUGAAUACUGAACAGGUGUUCAGCCUUUGAGGGUCGAAGUAAGACUGCAAAGCUCUCCACACACACACAGACUGUAUAUGCACACAAAAUGUAUUACUGCUGUUAGACGAAUGAAUGUUUGUUUUAAACCAACUGUUUUUUUGUUCAGGUUUUUAAUAAUUUCAGUACAGAUAAACUACAACUUAUCACUGCUGCUGUUCAUUACGCUUCACCUGCCAUAAUGAACAGGUACCACAGUUACAGGCCUUUUCAUGAUAAGUCACAUUUCCACUAUCUCCGACAUACGCAUUUUGCCCCCUAGUGGCAGCCGCAUGGAACUUUCAAAUUGGUUGUGAAAUAACCAUUACCCUUUGCUUAUUCACCAUGAUACAGUAAAAGAUAUUUAAUUAAUAAUAAAUGUAUAUCCAUACAAAACAAAUGAGCGCUGAUAACGACAACGUUACUGAAAAUCGGAAAGUAGACUGUUAGAAAAUUUGCAAAGGGAUAGCGAAAGUUGGAAAAAACAUGGAAAAAAUUAAAUACCAAAAAUUAGAAAGCUAUAUUAGGAAACAAGCUAAGGCAGAGGAGAAAUGCUACGGAAGCCUGUUCCCGUCAAAAAUAAAAAUAAAAAUGGUAAUUGUGACUUUGUCUCACAAUUCAGAAUUGUAAGACAAACUCAGAAUUCGCACCUUUUUUUUCCAUCAUGGAAUUAAAAUAAAAGUAGUAAUUGCGACUUUUUGUCUUACAAUUCCGAAUUGUGAGUCAAAGCCAGAAUUCACACUUUUUUCUUGAAAUUCUGAGUUUACAUUCUAAGUUUUAUUUCCACCAUGGAAUAAAAAAAUAAAAUAGUAUUUUUUUUGUCUCACAAUUCAGAACUGAGACAAACCCAGAAUUCACACUUUUUACGAGUUUCUGCUAAUACUGACUUUUCCCCUUUUACGUCUCACAAUUCUGAUUUUUUUUUCCACCACGGAAUAAAAAAUUAAAAUAGUAAUUGCGUCAAACCCAGAAUUCACUUUUUUCUUGAAAU